GGCAAGGGGGCUGGAAGCAGAGUGGACUGAGCAGCCAGCGGAGGAGAUAACAGCCACUCCACGCAGAGCACAAGCUCCCUAUCGCUUGAAGAUGUUCCACCAAAUUUGGGCAGCUCUACUUUACCUCUAUGGCAUUCUCCUUAACUCCAUCUACCCGUGCCCUGAGCACAGUCAACUGACAACUCAGGGAGUGGAUGGGAAAGAGUUCCCAGAGCCCCACCUGGGCCGGUGGUACUUUAUCGCAGGGGCAGCUCCCACCAAAGAGGAGCUGGCGACUUUUGACCCUGUGGACAACAUUGUCUUCAACAUGGCAGUGGGCUCUGAACCCACACAGCUCCAGCUCUAUGCAACCAUCCGCACGAAAAAUGGGUCCUGUGUGCCCCGAGAAUGGAUCUACCACCUGACUAAAGGGAGCACAGAUCUCAGAACUGAAGGCCGCCCUGACAUGAAAACCAAGCUCUUCUCCAACUCAUGCCCAGGUGGAAUCAUGCUGAAAGAGACGGGCCACGGUUAUCAGCGCUUCCUCCUCUACAAUCGCUUGCCACACCCUCCCGAGAAGUGUGUGGAGGAAUUCCAGUCCCUGAGCUCCUGCCUGAACUCCAAGGCCUUCUUACUGACUCCCAGGAAACAAGAGGCCUGCAAGUGGCCCAGUGACUGACCUGUGGCUUCAUCUGUGCCCCCAGACGGAUUCAGUGGGAGCUAAGAUUGUAGUGGGGGAGAGAAGCUGGAAACUCCCUUUCAAGAGUAAUAAAGAUGAUUUUUCAAUCCUCAUCUCA